AUGCCUCUGUGCCAAUGGGGGGCCACCACCAGGGGCAGAAAGCCCGAUGGGAAUGGAGCUCAGCCCAUGGCCACCAGAGGAGGCCUGAAGGUGCUUCUGCACUGGGCCGGCCCCGGUGGCGGGGAGCCCUGGGUCACCUUCAGCGAGGCCACACUAACUGCGGAGGAGGUCUGCCUCCACAUUGCACACAAAGUCGGCAUCACUCCACCCUGCUUCAAUCUUUUUGCCCUCUUCGAUGUCCAGGCCCAGGUCUGGCUGCCUCCAAACCACAUCCUGGAUAUGUCCAGAGACUCGAGCCUGAUGCUGUACUUCCGCAUGAGGUUUUAUUUCCGGAACUGGCAUGGCAUGCAUCCCCAGGAGCCGGCUGUGUACCGCUGCGGUCCCCCAGGGUCCGAGCCUUCCUCAGAACAGGCCGAGCAGGGGGUGCAACUCCUGGACCCCGCCUCCUUUGAGUACCUCUUUGAGCAGGGCAAGCAUGAGUUUGUAAAUGAUGUGGCACCGCUGUGGGAGCUGUCAAGCGAGGAGGAGAUCCACCACUUUCAGAACGAGAGCCUGGGCAUGGCCUUUUUGCACCUCUGCCACCUCGCUCUCUGCCAUGGUGUCCCCCUUGAGAAGGUGGCCAAGAAGAUCAGCUUCAAGGACUGCAUCCCACGCUCCUUCCGGCGGCAGAUCCGGCAGCACAAUGCUCUGACGCGGCUGCGCCUGCGGAGCAUCUUCCGCAAGUUCCUGCGGGCCUUCCAGCCGGGCUGCCUCUCCCAGCAGGUUGUCAUGGUGAAGUACCUGGCCACACUCGAGCGGCUGGCGCCCCGCUUCGGCACAGAGCGCGUGCCCGUGUGCCACCUGGAGCUACUGGCCCAGGCCGAGGGGGAGCCCUGCUACAUCCGGGAUGGUGGACAGGCCCCUCCCGACCCCGGGCCCGAGUCUGCCGCAGGACCCCCCACCCACGAGGUGCUGGUGUCGGGCACCGACGGCAUCCAGUGGCGGCUGGUACAGGCAGAGGUGAGUGGGGCGCCCCUUCCAUCUAGCAGUCCAGGAAGGGUGCCCCAUGCUGGCCCAUCUGGGAAGAAAGCCAAGGCCCAGGAGGUGGGCAACCAGCCAGUGCACAGACCUCAGGAGGCCCCAUGGGCCUACUUCUGCGACUUCCAGGACAUCACCCACGUGGUGCUGAAAGAACGCCGCGUCAGCAUUCAUUGUCAGGACAACAAGUGCCUGGAGUUGACCCUGCCUUCCCGGGCUGCGGCCCUGUCCUUGGUGUCACUGGUGGAUGGCUACUUCCGCCUGACGGCCGACUCAAGCCACUACCUAUGCCACGAGGUGGCUCCUCCACGGCUGGUGAUGAGUAUCCAGGAUGGUAUCCACGGACCCCUGCUGGAGCCAUUUGUGCUGGCCAGGCUGCAGCCCGAGGAUGGCCUCUACCUCAUCCACUGGAGCACCAGCCACCUCCACCGCCUUAUCCUCACGGUGGUCCAGCGCGACCAGGCACCCGGCGUGAAGGGCUUGCACCUGCGGAAGUUCCCCAUCCAGCUGCAGGCUGGGACUGUCGCGCUGGAGGGCUGGGACCGGUCCUUCCCCAGCGUGCGCGAGCUGCGGGUUGCCCUGCAGGGCUGCUCCCUGCGGGCCGGCGACGACUGCUUUUCCCUGCACCACUGCUGCCUGCCACAGCCGGGAGAGAUCUCCAACCUCAUCGUCACGCGGGGACCUCGGGCCAGCAGCAGGCCACUCAACCUCAGCCAUCUCAGAUUCCACCAGGUCCGCCAGGAAGACAUCACCCAGCUGUCCCACUUGGGCCAGGGCACGAGGACCAACGUGUAUGAGGGCCUCUUGCGAGUGGGGGGCGGAGGCCCCGAGGAGGACAAGGUGGAUGGCGGGGACCCCCCCAUGCCCGGGGCGGGCUGUGAACAGGAGCUGCGAGUGGUACUCAAGGUGCUAGAUCCCAGUCACCGUGACAUCGCCCUGGCCUUCUACGAGACAGCCAGCCUCAUGAGCCAGGUCUCCCACGUGCACCUGGUCUUCGUGCACGGCAUCUACAUGCAGGGCUCCGACAACAUCAUGGUGACGGAGUACGUGGAGCACGGGCCCCUGGACGUGUGGCUGCGGCGGGAGAGGGGCCACGUGCCCCUGGCCUGGAAGCUGGCAGUGGCCCAGCAGCUGGCCAGCGCCCUCAGCUACCUGGAAGACAAGAGGCUGGUUCACAGCAACGUGUGUGGCCGGAACAUCCUCCUGGCACGGCUGGGGCUGGCGGAGGGCACCAGCCCCUUCAUCAAGUUGAGUGACCCCGGUGUGGGCCUGAGCGCCCUCUCCAGGGAGGAACGGGUGGAGCGGAUCCCCUGGACAGCCCCUGAGUGCCUGUCCGGUGGAGCCAACAGCCUAAGCACUGCAGCCGACAAGUGGGGCUUUGGUGCCACCCUCCUGGAGAUCUGCUUCGAUGGGGAGGCCCCCCUGCAGGGCCGCAGCCCCUCCGAGAAAGAGUGCUUCUACCAGAAGCAGCACAAGCUGCCUGAGCCCUCGUGCCCAGAGCUGGCCAUACUCACCAGCCAGUGCCUGACCUAUGAGCCAGCCCAGCGGCCAUCCUUCCGCACCAUCCUGCGUGACCUCACUCAGCUGCAGCCCCAAAAUCUCGUUGAUGUCUUGUCUGUGAACCCGGACUCAUCGGUGUCAGAUCCUACGGUUUUCCACAAGCGCUAUUUGAAAAAGAUCCGGGAUCUGGGUGAGGGUCACUUCGGAAAGGUCAGCUUGUACUGCUACGAUCCAACCAAUGACGGCACUGGUGAGGUGGUGGCUGUGAAGGCCCUCAAGGCAGGCUGCGGUCCCCAGCUCCGUACAGGCUGGAGGCGAGAGAUCGAAAUCUUGCGCACACUCUACCACGAGCACAUUGUCAAGUACAAGGGCUGCUGCGAGGACCAAGGCGAGAAGUCGGUACAGCUGGUCAUGGAGUAUGUGCCCCUGGGCAGCCUCCGAGACUACUUGCCCCGGCACAACGUCGGGCUGGCCCAGCUGCUGCUCUUCUCCCAGCAGAUCUGUGAGGGUAUGGCCUACCUGCACGCGCAGCACUACGUGCACCGAGACCUGGCCGCACGCAAUGUGCUGCUGGACAACAACAGGCUGGUCAAGAUUGGGGACUUCGGCCUCGCCAAGGCCGUGCCCGAAGGCCAUGAGUACUACUGCGUGCGCGAGGAUGGGGACAGCCCCGUGUUCUGGUAUGCCCCGGAGUGCCUGAAGGAGUGUAAGUUCUACUAUGCAUCCGACGUCUGGUCCUUUGGGGUCACCAUGUAUGAGCUGCUGACCUACUGUGACUCCACCCAGAGCCCCCCCUCGAAAUUCAUCGAGCUCAUAGGCCUCACCCAGGGGCAGAUGACAGUGCUGAGGCUCACUGAGCUGCUGGAACGAGGGGAGAGGCUGCCACAGCCAGAGAAAUGUCCCUGUGAGAUCUAUGGCCUCAUGAAGAACUGCUGGAAAGCAGAGGCCUCUUUCCGCCCGACAUUCCAGAACCUCAUACCCAUCCUCAAAACGGUCCACGAGAAAUACCAAGGCCAGGCAGCCUCAGCGUUCAGUGUCUGCUGA